CCCGUAACAUAAUGGCACAACCACUAACUCAAUUCUGUUCCAGAGACGUGUGUGCCAUAAAACUCCUCAGAACACAAAACUCAAGUCUACCGGAGAUAGUCCUGGCGUCCACCUACAUGGCGGCGGAGGACGAACCACCUCCAGUGGAGAUGAACAACCUCAUACGCUACUGCGAACGAGAAAGGCUCGAGCUGGUCAUAUCUGCAGACUGCAACGGCCAUCACAACCUAUGGGGAAUGGAAACCAACAACAAAAGAGCACAGGACUGGCAGCUCAACACAUAUCCAACUGGCACGUGUCGGAUGAGCUAUCCUGCUCCGACCACAGAUGGAUUCGGUACGACCUGACAGCCGACACACACAC